AUGAUCUCUGUCAUGGCGGAUGAGAAACAUAAGGAGUAUUUUAAGCUAUACUACUUUCAGUACAUGAUAAUUGGUCUAUGUACGAUAUUAUUCCUCUAUUCGGAGAUAUCCCUGGUACCUAGGGGCCAAAACAUCGAAUUUAGUCUUGAUGACCCCAGUAUAUCAAAACGUUAUGUACCUAACGAACUCGUGGGCCCACUAGAAUGUUUGAUUUUGAGUGUUGGACUGAGUAACAUGGUCGUCUUCUGGACCUGCAUGUUUGACAAGGACUUACUGAAGAAGAAUAGAGUAAAGAGACUAAGAGAGAGGCCGGACGGAAUCUCGAACGAUUUUCACUUCAUGCAUACUAGCAUUCUAUGUCUGAUGCUGAUUAUAAGCAUAAAUGCUGCCCUAACAGGCGCCUUAAAGUUGAUUAUAGGAAACUUGAGGCCUGACUUUGUUGAUAGAUGUAUACCUGACCUCCAAAAGAUGAGUGAUUCAGAUUCUUUGGUUUUUGGCUUGGACAUUUGCAAGCAGACUAACAAAUGGAUUCUAUACGAAGGCUUAAAAAGCACUCCAAGCGGACAUUCAAGUUUCAUAGUCAGUACCAUGGGCUUUACAUAUCUUUGGCAAAGGGUUUUCACCACACGCAAUACAAGAAGUUGCAUUUGGUGCCCUUUAUUAGCUCUAGUAGUAAUGGUUUCAAGGGUUAUCGAUCACAGACAUCAUUGGUACGAUGUUGUCUCUGGAGCUGUUCUAGCAUUUUUAGUCAUUUAUUGUUGCUGGAAAUGGACAUUUACAAACUUGGCGAAAAGAGACAUACUUCCUUCACCGGUUAGUGUUUAG